AUGGGCUAUCGGGCUCCGCGCCCCGCCUCCACCUGUCGCUCCGGCGCCGGCCAGGUGUCGGCGGCCGCCAGCUGGGGUAAAGGGGUGCUGAACAGGUCCGGCCUUGACUGCGCUUACCUGCGCGUCGCGGGGCUCCGCAGAGGCACUCGGCGAGCCUCCGGAGACUCCAGGGAACUAGGGGCCCGGAGGCGCCGAACCGGGGCUCCUCGCCCGCGAACAGCCCUGCACCGAAGGCCCGGCGAGGACCGCGCCAGGCCUGCGCAUGAAAGGUCCUUUCCGGGGUGGGUGGUGGGGUCAGCCCAGGACCUGCCGGCCCCGACCCGGGGUGCGGGGUGA